AUGGCUGGUGUGUUUGGUGUAGAUUCGGUGAAGUCAGUGUUGGAGGGAGAUUCUGUUACUCUAAACUCUAAUCUUACUCAAAUAAAGUCAGACGAUGUGGUGAUGUGGAAAUAUGAAAACAUUCUGAUGGCUAAAAUCAAUGGGAAGGACAAAAAGAGCAGGGUUUAUAAUGAAAGUGCUGAGGGUAGAUUCAGAGGCAGACUGAAGCUGGAUCAGACUGGAUCUCUGAUCAUCACAAACACCAGAACCACAGACUCUGGACUUUAUAAAGUCUCCAGCAAAAACUCAGGCAUCAACAUCUUCAGACUUACUGUCUACGCUCAUCUGCCUGUUCCUGUUAUUAUCGGAGACUCUUCACAAAAUUCAUCAUCAUCAUCAUCAUCAUCUUGUUCUUUGUUGUGUUCGGCGGUGAACGUGGGUCAUGUGACUCUCUCCUGGUACAAAGGAAACAGUUUAUUGUCCAGCAUCGGUGUGUCUGAUCUCAGCACCAUUCUCGCUCUACAUCUGGAGUGUCUGGAUGAUUCCUACAGCUGUGUGGUGAACAACCCCAUCAGAAACCAGACCACACAUCUGAACCACACUGAACUCUGUCAUCCGUGUUCAGACUGCAUUCAUUGUUGCGGUUCUACUGAAGCUGUGAUCCGAUUGGCUCUCUCUGCUCUAGUGGGCGUGGCUACUGUUGCUGUGCUGGUUUACGAAGUCUUCAACAAAAGAGAAGAUAACAGACAUUGCUGUGUGUUUGGUGCUGAUGAAGUGAAGACCGUAUCAGCGAGGAAGGGAGAGUCUGUCACUCUGAACAGUGGUGUUACAGAAGCGCACAAAUAUUUUCUCAUACAGUGGACGUUUGGAAGCACGCGGAUAGCUGAAGUCAACAGAUUUAAGCAGACCAACUCGACAUAUGGUGGUCCUGAUGAGAGGUUCAGAGACAGACUGAUGCUGGAUCAGACUGGAUCUCUGACCGUCACAGACACCAGAACCGCAGACUCUGGACUUUAUAAACUAACAAUUGUCAACAGAGAUACCAUUUACAUCAGUUACAAUGUUGGACUAUAG